AUGGCUCUCUUUCUUGCGGGGCUUUCUUUGCUAGCUGCUGUCCAAGCAUGCACUGUGACCCCAGUCGAAGUCCCCAGCGGAUGCACCAACCUUCCAUCUUACGACUCCUCGACCGGUAUCGCAGGACCGUGGAUCGUCGAGGUGAACCAGUGUGUAAACACUACAGCGACAGAUAACGCCUGCAACAUUGAAGGGUUCGGCAGCGAGGCCGUAUACUUCCUCCAGCAAGGUGAUACCAGUGUUGUGCGCGGAUAUGUAAGAACCUCAAAUAAUAAAUUCCCAUCUUUUCAAAAGGCAGCACCAUCUAACAAGAAACCUCAGAUAGGGAUUGUCUCCAAGAAUGACCUCGCUAAAAGCCCCCUCCGCUGCAACGAUGCAACGGAUUCAUUUGAGUCAUAUGUUCCAUCGGGUGUGAGCGGUGCUGAGUGGAAGGCUGUCAAUGUCACUGACAUUCCUUACUCUGCGCAGCUCAUGUGGGGUCUCGGGCAAUAUAGCUUGCCCAUCCAGGCUUAUUAUCACUACCUGGAUGGUGUCAAGCAGGACGGUAUAUUCAUAGGUGCUCAUAAUGUGACUAGCUGGGCCGUCCAGCUCCAGGAUGGAUCAGCCGGUAGCGGAGGAAAGCCGUACUGGCUGAUCAGAUUGCUUGGUCCGGAUAGCGAAGACCCCGUGACGGGCUCUGAACUGGAGGAUGGAGAAUACAAGACUUUCAUUCGCAUUGAUGGAAGUUGA